CCCGCGGCAGUCCGGUGCGAGGGCCCCUCCGGAAGGUGAGGGGAAUGGAUUGGACUCCGGUGGGAAAAGCGGGUGUCUAGAAGUGGUGCUAAUGGGAAGAGAUUUCUGGUUUCAAAAGAGGAUGCUCCGCCACAAAGAGCGGCUCGCGCGCUGGCCUGGGCUCUAGCCGAGGAGAGAUCCCGGGAGAACUCCAGAGCUCGCGGGGAGCGCUCCUCGGAAGACCGGGGUCAACAUGCCUGUUCGCAGAGGGCAUGUGGCACCACAAAACACAUUUUUGGGGACCAUCAUACGGAAAUUUGAAGGGCAAAAUAAAAAAUUUAUCAUUGCAAAUGCCAGAGUGCAGAACUGUGCCAUCAUCUAUUGCAACGAUGGGUUCUGCGAGAUGACUGGUUUCUCCAGGCCAGAUGUCAUGCAAAAGCCGUGCACCUGCGACUUUCUCCAUGGGCCCGAGACCAAGAGGCAUGAUAUUGCCCAAAUUGCCCAGGCAUUGCUGGGGUCAGAGGAGAGGAAAGUGGAGGUCACCUACUAUCACAAAAAUGGGUCCACUUUUAUUUGUAACACUCACAUAAUUCCAGUGAAAAACCAAGAGGGCGUGGCUAUGAUGUUCAUCAUUAAUUUUGAAUAUGUGACGGAUGAAGAAAAUGCUGCUUCCCCAGAGAGGGUAAACCCAAUAUUACCAGUCAAAACUGUAAACCGAAAACUUUUUGGGUUCAAGUUCCCUGGUCUGAGAGUUCUCACUUACAGAAAGCAGUCCUUACCACAAGAAGACCCCGAUGUGGUAGUAAUCGAUUCAUCUAAACACAGUGAUGAUUCCGUAGCCAUGAAGCACUUUAAGUCUCCUACAAAAGAAAGCUGUAGUCCCUCUGAAGCAGAUGAUACAAAAGCCUUGAUACAGCCCAGCAAAUGUUCCCCCUUGGUGAAUAUAUCUGGACCUCUUGACCAUUCCUCUCCCAAAAGACAAUGGGACCGACUCUACCCCGACAUGCUGCAGUCGAGUUCCCAGCUGACUCAUUCCAGAUCAAAGGAAAGCAUUUGUAGUAUACGGAGGGCUUCAUCCGUUCAUGAUAUAGAAGGAUUCGGUGUCCACCCCAAGAAUAUAUUUAGAGACCGGCAUGCCAGUGAAGACAAUGGUCGCAAUGUUAAAGUUUCACGUUCCUGGAUGGCAGGGGGGCCUUUUAAUCAUAUCAAGUCAAGCCUCCUGGGAUCCACGUCGGAUUCAAACCUCAAUAAAUACAGCACCAUUAACAAGAUUCCACAGCUCACUCUGAAUUUUUCAGAUGUCAAAACUGAAAAAAAGAAUACAUCCCCUCCUUCUUCAGAUAAAACCAUUAUUGCACCUAAAGUUAAAGAUCGAACACACAAUGUGACAGAGAAAGUUACCCAGGUUCUCUCCUUAGGAGCAGAUGUCCUACCAGAAUAUAAACUGCAGACACCACGCAUCAACAAGUUUACAAUAUUGCACUACAGUCCUUUCAAGGCCGUCUGGGAUUGGCUUAUUCUGCUGUUGGUCAUAUACACUGCUAUAUUCACUCCCUACUCGGCGGCCUUUCUCCUCAACGACAGAGAAGAGCAGAAAAGACGAGAAUGUGGCUAUUCCUGUAGCCCGUUGAAUGUGGUAGACUUGAUUGUGGAUAUUAUGUUUAUCAUAGAUAUUCUAAUAAACUUCAGAACAACAUAUGUAAAUCAGAAUGAAGAAGUGGUAAGUGAUCCAGCCAAAAUAGCAAUACACUACUUCAAAGGCUGGUUCUUGAUCGACAUGGUUGCAGCAAUUCCUUUUGACUUGUUGAUUUUUGGAUCUGGUUCUGAUGAGACAACAACAUUAAUUGGUCUUUUGAAGACAGCUCGACUCCUUCGUCUUGUGAGAGUAGCCCGGAAACUUGAUCGAUACUCAGAAUAUGGGGCUGCUGUUCUAAUGCUCUUAAUGUGCAUAUUUGCCCUGAUUGCUCACUGGCUGGCUUGCAUUUGGUAUGCGAUUGGGAAUGUAGAGAGGCCCUACCUGACUGACAAAAUCGGAUGGUUGGAUUCCUUAGGACAACAAAUUGGGAAACGUUACAAUGACAGUGACUCAAGUUCUGGACCAUCCAUUAAAGACAAAUACGUCACAGCACUCUAUUUUACCUUCAGCAGUUUAACCAGUGUAGGAUUCGGGAACGUGUCUCCUAACACCAAUUCGGAGAAAAUCUUUUCAAUUUGUGUCAUGUUGAUUGGCUCAUUAAUGUAUGCAAGCAUUUUUGGGAACGUAUCUGCGAUUAUCCAAAGGCUGUACUCGGGAACUGCCAGGUACCACAUGCAGAUGCUGCGAGUAAAAGAGUUCAUUCGUUUUCACCAAAUCCCCAACCCUCUGAGACAACGGCUUGAAGAAUACUUCCAGCACGCCUGGACUUACACCAAUGGCAUUGACAUGAACAUGGUCCUAAAGGGUUUCCCAGAAUGUUUACAAGCUGACAUCUGCCUGCAUCUCAACCAGACUUUGCUGCAAAACUGCAAAGCCUUUCGGGGGGCAAGUAAAGGUUGCCUUAGAGCUUUGGCAAUGAAGUUCAAGACCACUCAUGCACCUCCAGGAGACACCCUGGUUCACUGUGGGGAUGUCCUCACUGCACUUUAUUUCUUAUCCAGAGGCUCCAUUGAAAUCCUCAAAGAUGACAUUGUGGUAGCUAUUCUGGGAAAAAAUGAUAUAUUUGGAGAAAUGGUUCAUCUUUAUGCCAAGCCUGGAAAGUCUAAUGCAGAUGUAAGAGCCCUCACAUACUGUGACUUGCAUAAGAUCCAGAGAGAAGAUUUGCUAGAGGUUUUGGAUAUGUACCCUGAGUUUUCUGAUCACUUUCUCACAAACUUAGAGCUGACUUUCAACCUAAGGCAUGAGAGUGCAAAGGCCGAUCUCUUACUACGAUCACAGUCCAUGAAUGAUUCUGAAGGAGACAACAGUAAACUACGAAGAAGGAAAUUGUCAUUUGAUAGUGAAGGAGAGAAAGAUUUUGGCAAAGAAAGCACUACAAAUGACCCCGAAGACUCUGUAGACACGAUAAGACAUUAUCAGAGCUCCAAGAAACACUUUGAAGAGAAAAAGAGCAGAUCGUCAUCCUUCAUCUCCUCCAUUGACGACGAACAAAAGCCUCUCUUCUCAGGACUUGUAGAUUCUCCUCCAGGAAUAGGGAAAGCAGCAGGACUUGGUCUUGAAGAAACAGUGCCCACCUCAGGAAGAAUUCACAUAGGUAAACGAAGUCACUCUUGCAAAGACAUCGCUGACCCAAGAGGCUGGGAACGAGAGAAUGCUGGGACUCAGGCUGACGAGUCCAGUCCCUCAGCACUUCAGCGAGCGGCUUGGGGGAUCUCGGAAACCGAAAGUGACCUCACAUACGGAGAAGUGGAGCAAAGAUUAGAUUUGCUUCAAGAACAACUUAACAGACUCGAAUCCCAAAUGACUGCAGACAUCCAGACCAUCUUACAGCUGCUGCAGAAACAAACCACUGUGGUCCCCCCAGCCUACAGUAUGGUAACCGCAGGAGCAGAGUAUCAGAGACCCAUCAUCCGCCUGACGAGAACCAGUCAUCCGGUAGCAUCCAUUAAGACGGAUCGAAGUUUCAGUCCUUCGUCACAAUGUCCUGAAAUGCUAGACCUUGAAAAAUCUAAACUUAAAUCCAAAGACUCCCUCUCAAGUGGGGUGCAUCUGAACACAGCUUCGGAAGACAACUUGACUUCACUUUUAAAACAAGACAGUGAUCUCUCUUUAGAGCUUCACCCCCCAAGGCAAAGAAAAACUUACCUUCCUCCCAUUAGGCAUCCUUCUUUGACAGAUUCAUCCCUAAACACUGUAGGAAUCUUGGGUCUUCAUAGGCAUGUUUCUGAUCCCGGUCUUCCAGGAAAAUAA